AUGGGUGGUGGUGAUGGGCAGGCACUGAAGGACACCAGGGAAGCAUCCUGCAAGGUUGGCCACAAAGGUUUGUCCUUCCAGGUGCAGCUUCCACCUCGGGCUCAGCCUUCAGGAGAGGUUUCAAAGACAGUGUACAGCUCCGUGCUGGCCCCCCAGCCACUGUUGCCCACACCCCCCCUCACCACAGCUGCCCAGCAGCUGGAUGAGCUCCUGGCUGACCUGGGCCACAUACAGAACAAGCUGGUGGCAGCAGGGCAAGGAGCCGUGGGGGCAGCGGAGGCCUUGCUGGGCAAGAUGCUGAGCAGCCUGACCCAGGACCUGCAGGAGUUGGGCAUCACGGCCGCCCCCGCUGGCACCUGUGCCGCUUGCCACAAGCCCAUCGCUGGCAAGGUGAGCCCCCCUGCCCCGCUUCCCGGGACUCGUGGCAUCGGGUUGGGGCCCCAGCCCUUCUGCGAGCGGCAGGGGCAGGCGUACUGCGAGGAGGAUUAUCACCAGGACUUCUCCCCCCGCUGCGCCUACUGUGCCGGCCCCAUACGUGAGAAGGUCCUGAUGGCUCUGGACCAGAGCUGGCACCCCGAGCAUUUCUUCUGCACCCACUGUGGGAAGGUGUUUGGAGAUGAGGGUUUCCACGAGCAGGGCGGGAAGCCGUACUGCCGCCAGGACUUCCUGGCCAUGUUUGCCCCCAAGUGCCAGGGCUGUCAGCGCCCCGUGAUGAACAAUUACCUGUCGGCCCUGCAGGGCGUCUGGCACCCCGAGUGCUUCGUGUGCGCGGUCGGCGGGCACUGUGUCACUGCCGCGGGGCGCAGGUACCACCCCGAGCACUUCACCUGCUGCUUCUGCCUGCGACAGCUGCACAAAGGCACCUUCCGCGAGCGCGGCGACAAGAUGUACUGCCAGCCCUGCCACAAAAAGCUCUUCCUCUGA